CACUCACAAUUUCCAUAAAGUUUUUUCAAAUCAAAGAUGGCGGUGUGGAUACCGCUGUCUUCCAAAAUGUCACCCCCAACCUCUCUGUGUUGCACUUUACUACGGAGAGGGCAACAUUCCUCCAUAAAAGUGCUCAAAUCCGUAUUAUCGUGUCGUAGACGAGGUUAUGUUGUGGAAGCUCAGCGAGAGACGGUGACAAGUGGUGUCCUGGUUAGCCCACUGGAUCACUACAGUGGCCUCAUCCGUGACGGGACCCUGCGAGAGGACGAGCACCAGAGAGCAGUAAUGGUUAAGCUGGACCAGCUGCACAAAGCACUCCACGGGUACAACAACACACCCACGUCAAUCUUUCAAAAGUUUUUCACUAAACCGAAGAUUCCUAAGGGUUACUACAUCUACGGUGAUGUGGGCACAGGUAAAACCAUGGUUAUGGACAUGUUUUACUCACAUGUGGAGACGGAAAAGAAAAAGAGGGUUCACUUCCAUGGCUUCAUGUUGGAUGUACAUAAACGGAUCCAUCGACUUAAGCAGAGUUUACCGAAGAGGAAAGCAGGAAAGAUGGCCAAAUCUUAUGAUCCCAUCGCGCCAGUCGCCGAGGAAAUAAGUGAGGAAGCUUGUCUGCUGUGCUUUGAUGAGUUUCAGGUGACGGACAUCGCUGACGCGAUGAUCCUCAAACAGCUGUUUGAGAACCUGUUUCUCCAUGGUGUGGUCGUUGUAGCGACAUCCAAUCGCAUCCCUGAAGACUUGUAUAAAAACGGGUUGCAGAGGGUCAACUUUGUGCCUUUUAUUGCUGUGUUACAGAAAUACUGCCAAACUCUUCGUCUGGAUUCAGGGAUCGACUACCGCAAGAGGAACAGACCUUCCGCAGGGAAACUUUACUUUCUUUCCAGUGAGCCUAAUGCAGAAAAGACACUUGACGAUUUUUUUGACGAACUGGCCUUCAAGCAGAAUGACAUAACGCGGCCAAGGGUGCUAAACGUGCACAACAGGAAAGUGGGUCUGAACAAAGCAUGCGGCACUAUAUUGGACUGCACGUUUGAGGAGCUGUGUGACAGACCUCUCGGUGCUAGUGACUACCUGGAAAUCUCACGUCUGUUUGACACAGUCUUCAUCCGACACAUCCCACGCUUGACGCUCAACAAGAAAACGCAGGCCCGGCGACUAAUCACGCUGGUGGAUGCGCUCUAUGACCACAAGGUGCGUGUGGUGAUUCUUGCUGAUCACCCGCUGGAGGAGGUCUUUGUUCUGGAGGGCGACCACAGCCACGAUGAGAGUCACAUCUUAAUGGAUGACUUAGGACUGAAAAGAGAAGAGGCCAGCAGUCUGUCUAUCUUCAGUGGCGAAGAGGAGAUGUUCGCCUACCAGAGAACUGUUUCCAGACUCACGGAGAUGCAGAGUGAAGAAUACUGGCUGGAGGGAGACCGCAGCGCCAAGACCAAAGCCUAAUGUAGCUCCAUAUUUUUAUGUUUUUUUUUUUCAAAUCUCAAAUGCAAAUAAGAAAUUAUUUUAUAGGUGGGCAUACAAAUGUCCCCCCAAAAAUUGUGGUAAUACAUGUUCAUUUUUUACGUAACUUUUUUAGGGCCAUACUGUAAAGAAAAGAUUAAAAUGGUAAUCAUGCUAAAAUUAUAUGAAAAUUAAAUAGUGUUUUUUUGCGAAGGGUUAACCAAUUUACUUGAAAAUUACGACUAAAAUAUAAGACAUUUUCUCAGGAAAAUAUACUUAAAAUAUACUUAAAAUUUCAACGUUAUCAUAAUAUUAAUAAUAUAUUAGAUAAUAUGCACCUUUUUUCUGGGACAUAAUAUUUUAUUUUUGAAAUAUUUGGUCUUAUAGCUCAAAAAUAUGCAAUGCGCUAAGAUUUUGGGUAUCAAAAUACCCUUUUUAUUCCUAAAAUAGAUUACCUAAUUCCUCUAUUACAAAUAUGCUGUACAAGAUGAUUCACGUAUAUUACAUUACACUGGCCAACAAAAUAUAUUUUUUGUCAAUUUCUGUUGCAUAAUUUCUUUCACUGAUUCGAUACAAUUUUGGGUUGCUGAUUUAAAAUCUGCCAUAAUUUUUUCAUGUAUGUACACGCAAAAUAACUUUUCAGUCCUAACAUAGUUGUAUGCACUUUUCUGAAGCGUUGUCUUCUACGUAACCUUGUCAUAGUUGAUUGAUUUUGGCAAUAGAGCAGUACAGCACAUGUCACACUGUCCUUAUUAUUGGUUUCCAGUGUCAACUGUGGUCUAUAACAUGGCAUAAGAUGUUUUGCUACAUAUUGUGACUUUACGGCUAGUUUUUAAAUGCCGGCUAUACUGGACUGUCUCAGAAA